AUGUUCUCCAAGACUCUCAUCGCAACCCUCCUCGCCAGCACUGUUGCUGCUAGCCCUAUCGCCGCUAGCACAGCCAGCACUACCUACACGCUCCGUACUUUCCCAACUGGAGCAGGGUCGAUCUUUCGAGGCUUGGAGAUCAGUGCAGACAGCGGGUUUCUUUGGGUUGGAAAACCUACACCAGCCGUUCAAUUCUCUUUCGAUGACGGACAUGUAAACAUCCAAGGAGGACAAGAGUUGUAUCUCCUCAACAAUUCAGUCGCAUAUGCUGCUCCAGACGCCAGCCGCGCAUUUGAUGCAGGUUGGGUGUUCCAAGCCCCUUACAGUAGUCCAAAUGCCGCCCUUGGAUCGUUGACAUUCCCUGGCUUCACCUUCUGGGCUUGCUCAACCUCCGAGGCUGAUGUCUAUUCUAUCGCUGUUUUCCAUGCCGAUGCCCGUACUUACCCUGUUGGAUGCGAGGAAAUCCAAUUGAUUGUUUAG